AUGGCUAGGUUUUCUACUCUUUUCAUUUUGAUUAUCGUUGUUUACAGCACUUCCACCACUGCCACAUCAGCCAAAAACGGAGAUGGUGAAGGACUAUUGUCAUGCUUGCUUUCCAGUGGCCUGAUAAACGUUACAAGCAUCUCCUCAUCUACUUCUGAGUUUUACAACUCUCAUACAACAUGGGUGGGAGAUUCGUGUGCGAAGCGGAGGGCACAGCUACGAGGGGCUCUCCUACACGUCCGACGUGCCCUUCGUCCUCAUCGAUUUGCUCAAGCUCAACAAAAUAACAGUGGACGAGUUUGCCAUACUGUCGGAUCUGGCGGUCAUAUUGCCGGCGGAGGCCUGAGCUUCCUGUCGAGAAAAUACGGCCUUGCAGCUGAUAACGUGUUGGAUGCUCUGCUGAUAAAUGCGUCAGGGAAGGUGAUGAAUAAGAACACGAUAGGAGAAGACGUGUUUUGGGCUGUGAGAAGCGGCGGCGAUGGCAGCUGGGGAGUUCUUUCAGUGUUAAAAACCGGUGCAGACAAUGUCACGGAGGCUGUCCAUAGAUGGCAAUACGUGGGUCCUCAAAUGGAGGAAGAUAUCUUCAUGCGAGUACAAACCUUCACUAUAAAAGUGAACAACAGCACAACCAUCAGCGCAUCGUUCCAUGGAAUAUACGUGGGACGUCAGCCCGAGCUGCUGACUAAAAUAGGCAAGAUCUUCCCGGAGUUGGGAAUGGUGGCUGCAGAUUGUAAACAAAAGAAAUGGAUAGAGACAAUCGGCAACUUUGAUACCACCAACGUGAGCCAAUUGACAAACCGAUAUUUUACAGUGAAAAUUUUCUUCAAAAUCAAGUCAGAUUUCGGCAAAACCCCUCUUCCCAAACCUGCUCUGCGAGGACUGUGGUCGACCAUGAAAGAGGAGGUGAACGCCAAAGUCCUUUUCUCUCCUCUAGGAGGAAUUAUGAACAGGAUACCAUCGACUGCAUUGCCGUUUCCUCAGCGGAAGGGGACAUUGUUCGAAAUUCAGUAUAAGGUAUCCUGGACCAACAGAAGUGAGGAUGAUCACUACAUUGAAUGGAUGAGGAAGCUUUACAAAUACAUGGAGCGUGAUGUGUCCCAUUCCCCAAGGGCUGCGUACGUGAACUAUCUCGACCUUGAUCUGGGUAAUGCUAUCAACAGGAGUGCUUCUGUUGAAGAGGCGAGAGCUUGGGGUGAGAGGUAUUUCCAUCACAAUUACGAUAGGCUUGUCAAGGCAAAAACUCAGGUGGAUCGCAAAAAUUAG